AUGGAAAUAUCAACCACAGGCUUAGAAGGGAUUGGUAUAUUUCAAGACGACAUAAUAGUUGCGGGAAAAACGUUUUCUCAAAAUUCAAUUGAAUAUUUAGGUCAUAAAAUCGAUGAGCAUGGCUUGCACACCUUAACUAAACACAUAAAUGCAAUACAAUCUGCCCUGGUUCCAGAAAAUAAAACUAUAGCAGCGGACAUUCUUAAACCGUUAUACUCAUUACUAAGACAAGAAAAAAAAUGGCUAUGGUCACCAGAAUGUGAUCAAGCAUAUAAUAACAUAAACAAAAUGCUUAUCUCAAGUCCUGUGUUAGCACAUUAUGACCAAAAACUUCCCAUAAAACUCACGGUCGAUUCUUCGUCAUACGCACUAGGUGCAAUCAUAUCGCACACUUAUCCUGACCACUCAGAAAGACCAAUUGCAUAUGCAUCACGAGUAUUGUCAAACAGUGAAUGCAAAUUUCCACAAAUCGAAAAAGAAGACGAGGGUUCUGAAUGGAUAAGACACACUGAUCAGAUAUGGCCACACAACCAAAUAAAUAACUCACUGUCACCUACACCAGCUAGACAAGCAAAUGAAAAUUCUAAAAAUACUGAAACAGUAGGUGAAAAUCAAAGUCCCGAUCCGGCCGAUCCCGUAAUAGUAAAUAAAACACCCAGACCAAUUAAAUCUAGAAAACCGCCUCAGCGAUAUUCUCCAAGUGAUUAUGCUUAG